GAUUUUAACAACCUUGGCUGAAUCUGAAAGGUCUCCACCCACUCCACCGCUUGCCUGAAAGCCUCGUCUUCUUCGCCUUCCAUUCUCGAUGAAGCACUUACCUGCCGCCGCCCCCAUAUGGUCUCUGAGCAGAUAACCUGCCGCCGUCUUUCCAUUACGACGAAAGACCGCCCAGUUAAGCUUAAGCUUUCCGGGAGCCGGCUUCUUCCACACACCUACCUGCGGUUUAUUCAUUUUGAAAGCACCAGAUAUGAAGCAGUUAAUAAAGCAUCUCCCCAAACACGUUUUGGAACAUUCAUCGAAAACAUUAGAGCUCGAGUAACUUCAAGUUUUCUCUUACUCGGAUUUCAACCAUGGAAAUCGAGAAUGUAACCUCUGAUGUGACGAUGGACCCACCUCCUGCUAGCAAUCCAGGCAGCCUUCCAGUUAAGCCAAACUUCAAGCCACUUACAGCGCAUGAAAUAUCCGAUGGCCAGGUGCAGUUCCGAAAAAUUCCUGUGCCGUCGCAUAGAUACACACCUUUGAAGAAAGCCUGGAUGGACAUCUACACCCCAAUCUUUGAGCAGAUGAAAGUUGACAUACGUAUGAAUCUCAAGGCCCGUAGGGUGGAGCUAAAGACCCGACCUGACACCCCUGACAUCAGCAACAUCCAGAAGUCCGCUGACUUUGUGCACGCCUUUAUGCUGGGCUUUGACAUCUGCGACGCUGUUGCUCUCCUCCGGGUGGACGAGCUAUAUGUUGAUUCAUUUGAGAUCAAGGAUGUGAAAACACUCCGAGGGGAGCAUUUGUCCAGGGCGAUUGGAAGGUUAUCUGGUAAAGGAGGAAAGACCAAGUUUGCUAUUGAGAACUCGACGAAAACACGCAUUGUGAUUGCUGAUACUAAGAUUCAUAUACUAGGUUCAUUUACAAAUAUAAAGGUUGCAAGAGAUUCACUUUGCAGUCUGAUUAUGGGGUCUCCUGCUGGGAAGGUGUAUUCCAAGCUUAGAGCAGUCACUGCCCGUUUGGCUGAGAGGUUUUGAUUAAAUUAUGGUGAAUUUAACACAUAAGUAUUUUCUGAAAUUUUGCAAGGGUUCUCUAGGUGACAUUCCUGCUUGUCUUGAUAUUGUAUUCAUUACAAAAGUGUAGCUGAAUUGAGUGCCUUUUAUCAGAGUUGUGUUGGCCCUGCCUGUGCUCAGCUUGUUCUUUCAUGUUAAAACAUGAUUUCCCAAUUUCUUGUUUAAAAGAGAUUUUCUAGGUUUACUUACAAUGUCGAUAUCUGCUAUUCAAAAAUGAAAGACUAUUAUACUAGCAGCA